AUGUUAAAUAAGUAUACUUUGGCAUUUAAAGACGGAAUCUUAGAAUAAAAAUACUAGGACUUCUAAUUACAGCAAAAGAGGAAGCCAUUACUGUAAAAAAUCAUUUUUACCACAUUUCUUGUAGUAAUAACAAAAUUAAUUUCCUCCAUAAUAAACUUUAGUUUAAAGGAGAUAUAUUUUACAAUUGGAUACUUAGGAGCCAAUAUAGGUCUGAUUUUGAUUUUUAAAUUUUAACCACAAUGGAUUAGGUGGGUGCUGAUGAUGAUCAACUAUAUACUUUUAUAUGUGUAUUCUGAAUCUGAUGAAGGGAGAACACAAUACCAAUAUUAACUUGCCUCAGCUUUGAUUAUUUCCUUCUAGUUUAUAGUAAUGAGAACUGGAGAAUUUAUUGAUACUUUGGUCCAGGUGGUUUCAUUCUACUCAUUUUAUUUUAUCUGCCUAUUACUUUACCAACCCAGUUUUUCUCUUUCAGUAGCACUCUCAACAUUUUUAGUUGCAUUUUUACUGAUAAUAACAUUUUAUGAAAAUGUUUCUGCUGAAAGAUCAAAGUUCUAGCUUACAAUAGUAGAUGAUAAAUGGGAGGAAGUUCUUUAAAAUUUAAUUGUUGAACCUUGCGUGCUGUUCAGUUUUAAUUAUUUAAAUAGCUCUUUUAUUUUUAAGAGGUCUAUUGAUUUUAUGUUGAAAAUAGAGACAACUGAUUAAUUAAAAUGGUUCUUGAGAAAUUCAAAGGUGAACUAGGAUAAAAAAAAAAUAAAUUUAGAAGAUUUUAUAUAUAAAAAGGUGAAAGAAUUAGAAAUUGAUCAUAAGUAACUUUGGAACCAAAAAGUGACUAUUUAUUAUGAAAAAAAAGUUCAGGAUGUCUAUUACUCAAUAUUAUAGGGGACAUCUCCUAUAGUACUAAUCAAAGUGAAGCAAUUGAAGUUUUAAAUCAAUGAAAAAGAUUCAGAUAUAGAAAAUUAGUAUUAAUACAAAUACAAAAUGCUGAUCAAGAGUAUUCUACACCAAUUAAGAUUGGUUGGUUAAUUCUAAUUUCCUGCUCUAACUGCCAUAUUUAAGAUUAUUAUGUAUCAUCACUUACUUGAAAAGCUUGAAUACAAAUAAUUUACGUAGAUUAAAAUAGACAAAAUUGUUAAUUAAUUGAGAUUAGUCUAUCCUUAGAAGCAAAUAUCUGUUGAAAGCCUUUAAGUGGGAUCUCCAGUCUUUGGGUAAAGAGAUUCAUUAUGUUUGAUUUUGAUGGAAGUUUUCGAAACCAUGUUAUCAAACCAAAUUCAUAUAAAAGUAACCAGUUAAUAUAGCUCAACCUAAUUGCAAAUUUAUGGAAUCCUCAAUGAAAGAGCGAAGGAAAAAUUAAAAUCCAGACUUCUUAAUUACUAAAAAACCUUGGAGAUUGUUGAUAUUACUGAUUUAUGUAUUAAGAUAUAUAUAAUGAUUUAGGUGUUAUUUUGACUAUUACUUACGAAGUGCAAUCUUUGGAUUGGGUGAUAAAGCAAUGA